AAACGAGAGAACCUUGAGUUUCUCGAAUAACUCGAGGGUAGAGGGAAAAAAAAUUCCAUGCCGACUGAAAGACAGAUUGCGCAACUACAAUUGACAGUUUUACUUACCUACCCCGCGGAGGUGUGUCGUAUCACAGCGCCGGUAAACGACUAGCAUCACACGAUAGUUGGGCACACCUGCACCGUAAAAAAAAGUCCCUCGUUGGAGACGAAGCUGCGAAAAGUGUAACCUUGACGCUUUACUGUUCUGUUCACCCUACAAUACCCUCAUAUCGACGAAUGAUGAGACGAGCGGCCACUGCAGACGGAUCGAUUUUUCAUUCAAGAUACACACACCGAGUCACACACGACACACAGUCUCGUUACAGCAGUUUCUUGUACUCCAUCUGUCUUUUCUCCCUUUAGUAUACUCGCGUCUGACUAUCGCUGCUACGGCGGGCAAGGAUCGUGAAUGGCUGGAAUUUCCGUUUACGAGGCCCAGACACGUGACUCAAACCUUUGUGACUGGAUUGGUGCUUUAGGGGGAAACAAAUUCUGUUACCAGGUCCUCUAUUUAGACGAAGCCGUUGUUUUAUUGCGUCUUUCGCCAUCUAUCGUUAGCGCUCGAACCGCUUCCCUGGUUCUGUAAAUAACAACAUAAGUCGUAACUAGCUUUGUGUAGACACUUUUUCAAAAACGUCCAGUGUUCUUUUUUGUCGAAAACAAAUACAAUGGUGUAUCUUCAUUUUCCUUCCAAUUUGACAGAAGAGGAACUGAUGCUUCAAACUAAAUAUCAAAAGUUAAAAAAAAAGAAAAAGGCUUUGCAAGCACUAAAAGCACCCAAACCCGAACCCGAAAAAACACCUGCCCUGAAAAGACCAGCAGAGGCAAGAGAUGCAAGGGAAGUUGCUAAAAAACUCUUGAAGUCAGGGGCCAUUUCUGCAAUACCUAAACCUUGUGAAAAAACAGAGACUACUGGAUUCAAAAGGUCUAGAGGCUUGGAAAGGAAACUUUCUUCUUCUGACCGAGCACCUAGCGGGUUCCAACCAUUUUCGUCAAGCCAAGGAAGUAUGGUCUCAAAUGAGGAGCAUGUUGUACAAGAAGCUAGAACUAAAAGCAAGGUUCCAAAUCUGUAUGAAAAUUUUAUCUCCUCAAGAGAAACAGACCCAGAAGCUUCUGUGACUAGCCCAACAACACUUAAAGAAACAACUGGUUCUCCCACACUUUCUCCCUUGAAGCAUCAGAAACCCACAGUUGGGCACACAGUCUAUGUGUUUGGCUAUAGCAUCACUGAAGACAUCCUCAAAAAAGCUUUUCAGUCUUUUGGAAAUGUUGUCAAUAUUUCCAUGGAAAUUGAAAAAAACUGUGGGUUUGUCACGUUUGAUAAAACAUCAUCAGCCGAUAGAGCCAUCAGUGAAAUGAAUGGUAGCAUGGUAUCAGGUAUACAAUUAAAAGUAUCCCUGGCACGGCGUCAACCUGUCAUCGAGCCUAUCAACGACGCGUCGUCAUCCGCUACCUGGUCUACAAUAGCUGCUCGUAAUUCACAGAAAGGAUCCUACAAAGAUAAGCGUGAUUUGGUGACUUACGAAGAAGAAUUAUUUUAAGAAGGUAAAUGUUCGAAUAGCUGGCGAUCCUAUGUAAUUGUAAUUUUCUCGUGGUGGAUGUACAGUGAUAUUUCAUAUUACAUAAAUUUCCCAUCAGAA